AUGGCACGCCAAAUUGUUGUUCUUGCCCUCAUCUUCUUCGCCAUCGUCGGGAUGGCCUCAGCGACUGCUGAAGUUCCGGUCGCCUCAGCCGAUGGCCCGAUAACUCCAGACGUGGUUGAUCCUAAUGUUAUUGGCACUACUGAUGGUAGCAGCGAUGCAGCACCCAUUGGUAGCCCUGUUUCUGAAAGUGCUUUCCCAAACCUCGCCCCCGUCCCAUCGGCUAAAAGUGGUGCAGUCACCUUGGACGUUUCCUCCAUUGCCGCUACUGCAGCCGCCACUUUUGCCGGUUUCUUCUACUUCUAA